AUCUUUUCUCUCUCAUCCUCUCACUCUCUUUCUCUCUCUCUCUUCUGUUAUUCUUCCUUCCAUCGUUCCAAAUCCACCAACGCUAUUCCGAUCGAUCGCUGCCUCUCCUUCUUCCUCCGAUCUGCUGUUGUUUCCCUAAUUUCUGCUCCCGAUUUCGAUCUUUGCUUCGCCUUCUUGGAGCCGGCGAGAGUUGGAAUCCAUGGGGCGUCGAGUCUGCUCCAUUUCCGGAUCGGCUUAACUCGUUGACGUCACUCGUCCGCCGCCGCGGCAGUGGCGGCGGUGGAGAAACAAAGGAAAUCAGCUCGAUGGCGGAAGGGGAAGACCAGCAGCAGCGGCAGGAGGGCGGUUGCGAUCCCGUGAAGAAGCCGGGGCCGGUCUCCAUGGACCACGUCCUUCUCGCGCUGCACGAGACCCGGGAGGAGAGGGAGGUCCGGAUCCGGAGCCUCUUCAACUUCUUCGACGCCGCCGGCCUCGGCUACCUCGACUACGCCGAGAUUGAGUCUGGUCUCUCCGCCCUUCGCAUCCCCGCCGAGUACAAGUACGCCAGGGAUCUCCUCAAGGUGUGCGACGCCAACCGAGAUGGCCGCGUCGAUUACCACGAGUUCCGGCGCUACAUGGACGGCAAGGAGCUCGAGCUAUACCGCAUCUUCCAGGCUAUCGACGUCGAGCAUAACGGUUGCAUCUUGCCGGAGGAGCUCUGGGACGCACUCAUCAAGGCAGGAAUUGAGAUCGACGACGACGAACUUGCUCGUUUUGUGGAGCACGUCGAUAAGGACAACAAUGGCAUUAUAACUUUCGAGGAAUGGAGAGACUUUCUUCUACUUUACCCUCAUGAAGCAACCAUUGAGAACAUUUACCAGUACUGGGAGAGAGUAUGCCUUGUGGAUAUAGGUGAACAGGCUGCCAUUCCUGAAGGAAUAAGCAAGCAUGUAAGCGCGAGCAAAUACUUAAUCGCAGGCGCCGUAGCUGGUGCAACUUCUCGGACAGCCACUGCUCCACUCGAUCGCCUAAAAGUCGCUUUGCAAGUGCAGACGACGGAAGCACGAAUAAUGCCGGCUAUAAAGAACAUAUGGCGAGAGGGUUCCUUGAGCUUCUUCAGGGGCAAUGGCUUGAACGUGGUGAAGGUUGCACCUGAAAGCGCCAUAAAGUUCUACACAUUUGAACUGCUCAAAGAUAUCAUUGUCAAAGCUAAAGGAGAAGAGAAGAGUGAUAUUGGUGCAGCCGACCGCCUAGUGGCCGGCGGUUUAGCCGGUGCAGUGGCACAAGCCGCUAUCUACCCCAUGGAUCUUGUUAAAACACGACUGCAAACUUAUUCUGGCGAAGGCAGAGUUCCAAAUCUCGCAAACCUGACAAAAGACAUCUGGGUUCAUGAAGGGCCUCGAGCUUUUUACAGAGGGAUCGUACCUUCACUUCUCGGGAUCAUCCCUUAUGCAGGUAUCGAUCUCGCUGCAUACGAGACCUUGAAGGAGAUGUCCAGAGCAUACGUCCUCAAGGACAGCGAACCUGGCCCACUUAUGCAACUGGGCUGUGGAACCAUUUCCGGAGCUCUUGGAGCAACCUGCGUUUACCCUCUGCAAGUUAUCAGAACGAGAAUGCAGGCCCAGCGAGCCAAUGCAUCGACCUCGUACAAGGGGAUGUCCGGCGUGUUCCGGGAAACACUUCGACUCGAAGGGGUUUUAGGGUUCUACAAGGGGAUUCUGCCCAACCUUCUCAAAGUCGUGCCAUCUGCUAGUAUAACUUAUCUAGUCUAUGAGACUAUGAAGAAGAGUCUUUCUCUGGAUUAGAGAAAGCUUGAUUUUUGUUUCCCUUCGUUUCCAUGAUGAGGAAGAAGAGAAGAUUGCAGAUUGCAGCGUUGAAACGAUUGUUUCAAUGAAAUUACAAUGAUUGAUUUUUAAUCUCAAAUAAUAAUUCUAGCGAUAAUAUUUUCGUUAA